AUGUCGUUCGCCGAGCCUGCCCCGAAGCGGCAGCGACUUGAGGCUCAACAGAAGGAACCCCAGCCCCCAGAUGCAGAGACCCCGGGCUCCUUGAAUCCUCGCAGUCUCUAUAGUACAUGCAACCUAGACGAUACCAAUCUUCACAGUUCCCCGAAUACAAGUGGCGAGUGCGGCUCGUUCCAGUCACCGGCGGCUGGGAGCUGGACGCAAGAUGGCUUCUCCCAGGAUCCCGACUUUCUAGCGUCCCAGGAAGAGUUGCGAUGUUUUCUUUUCUCCCUUGCAAACUCCGCUGUCCCGACUCGCGCGUCUAGUCCGGACACGGCCGGAAGAGGGGAUCAACUGCUCAAAGUCCUGACGAAUGACGGUGGGGACUCAUGGCGCUCCCCAUUAUCUGAUGGCGAACAUAUCCAGUACCUUAAAAAUUAUGUCACAGAAGUGGCGCCGUGGCUCGACAUGUUUGACUCACAAUGCACCUUCCGCCAUCAGAUACCUGCUCUCGCUCAGGAAUUCCCGGCUCUUUUUUAUGCCAUACUUGCACUUUCGGCAAGGCAGUUCGAGCGUAAGAAUGGCGUCCGAAAUUGGUUCGAUAGUCUUGAAUUGUACCAGGAGGCCAUCCGACGAUUGGAUCCACUUCUUCAGGUCAGGGAUUCAAAGGUUGUCGCUGCUUGCGUGCUCCUUUGCUGCUUGGAAAUGAUGUCAGCUCGAGCGCAAGAUUGGCGCCGUCAUUUGGAGGGCUGUGCCGCGCUAUUUGAUGCGUUUGGUAUCCACGGUUUCAGCCAGGGAGUUUUACAGGCGGUGUUUUGGUGUUAUGCAAGAAUGGAUCUUUGUGGUGCACUUAUCUCUGACGGAACACAAACUACACUUCUACAUCCUUCUAAAUGGCUGCCGCCAGGCUGUCAAGAGAAAUAUGCAUAUCGGUUGUUCCAGAAUGUCACAUCUCCAGACAUGCACGCGAACUACGCAGUCUAUCUGUGUGUGAAAGCAACGCACCUUCUUUCGGAUCGCACCAGGUUCGUCGAACUGGGUGAAGAGAAUGGGUGUUCUACAGAAGAAUUCCAGUCCCGUUGGUUGCUCCUCUGGGAUGAACUCCAGUGCUGGCUGUCGGAGCGGCCGAGUGAAUUGCUCCCGGUCCAGACCGUCAAUCGUAGACCAUUCCCCCACAUUUUGUUCGUCCACUGGGCCGCAAUAUCGUCGAAUCAGUUGUACCACACGGCAUGUAUAUUGCUGUUGAAGGUCCUGCCGAAGGGUGUCCGGCUUCCGCGGUCACCGGCCCUUUUUCCACUAUGGCAUGCACGUCGCAUCUGCGGUAUUUCUCUGGCCAACCCGCAUCAAGGAUGCCUGAACAAUUCAAUCCAACCGCUGUGGAUUGCGGGACAGCUCUUCAGUCACACAUCAGAACACAGAGAGAUCAUCAACCUGAUACGUAGUAUCGAGACGGAGACUGGCUGGGGCACGUGUUGGCGGAUCCGUGAUCUGGAAACCGCUUGGGGUUACCGAUGA